GUUCAUUUUGCAUCUUCGACUUUCCUUCACAUACAAUGCCCUAACAUACAAAUACAAUGCCAUGCCCUAAUAAUGGGACUCUCAUUUUUCCCGCCUCUGUAAUCCCUAAAUCCCGAUAAUUUCCCGCUUCAACACUGUAAUGGCGGACAAGAAAAAGCGAGUCAAAGUAGAUUCAGAUUCAGAUGAUGAAUACAACAGCAAUCGGAAAUCACUUCCCUUCAAGAAACGUUUGAAACCAGACGAAGAGAUCCUCUCAAUUCUGAAAGACUUAACUGAAUCGAUUCAAGCAAAGAUCAAUACAAACAAAGCCUUAACGCUUGCAGAUCUUCAACUCUCAUCAUCUUGUCGUGAAGUUACAGAUCUUGAUCUUUCAUCUGUUCAAGAUGAAAUAGAACGAUGUAUUCUUCGUAUUACUCAAUCGAUUAUGUCUGGUAAAGGUUUUGCAUUUGAUAUUCCUGCUCGAUCAAAUACUAAUCAGCUUUAUGUACCUGAACUUGAUAGAAUCGUGCUUAAGGAUAAGACUUCGCUGAGACAUUACGCCAAUGUAGCUACAGUACGUAAAACUACAAUUACUACUAGGAUUUUGCAAUUGAUUCAUCAACUAUGUUUGAAAAAGAUUCAUGUCACUAAGAGAGAUUUGUUUUAUACUGAUGUUAAGUUGUUUCAAGAUCAGAAUCAGUCUGAUGCUGUGUUAGAUGAUGUAUCUUGUUUACUUGGUUGUACUAGAUCUAGUCUUAAUGUUGUUGCCUCUGAAAAGGGAGUUGUUGUUGGUAGAAUAAUAUUUAGUGAUAAUGGAGAUAUGAUUGAUUGUACAAAAAUGGGUAUGGGUGGGAAAGCAAUUCCGCCUAAUAUUGAUCGAGUUGGUGAUAUGGAAAGUGAUGCUUUGUUUAUUCUACUUGUUGAGAAAGAUGCUGCUUAUAUGAGAUUAGCUGAAGAUCGAUUUUAUAAUCGCUUUCCUUGUAUUAUUGUUACUGCUAAAGGGCAACCAGAUGUUGCUACUAGGCUGUUCUUGAGGAAAAUGAAGAUGGAAUUGAAGUUGCCUGUUCUUGCUCUUGUUGACAGUGAUCCCUACGGAUUGAAAAUUUUGUCCGUUUAUGGAUGUGGUUCAAAAAAUAUGUCUUAUGAUAGUGCAAAUUUGACUACACCUGAUAUUAAGUGGUUGGGAGUUAGGCCAAGUGAUUUGGAUAAGUAUAAGAUACCUGAACAAUGUAGGUUGCCCAUGACAGAACAGGAUAUUAAGACUGGGAAAGAUAUGUUGGAGGAAGAUUUCGUGAAGAAGAAUCCAGGGUGGGUUGAGGAGUUGACGUUGAUGGUGAAAACAAAGCAGAAGGCUGAGAUUCAGGCAUUGAGUACCUUUGGUUUUCAAUACUUGACUGAGGUUUAUUUGCCACUGAAGUUGCAACAGCAGGAUUGGUUGUGAUUGAUGUUAAAAAGAGAUACCGUUGAGAGAAAAGGAAAGAGAGAAAUGCGGAGAUAGAAUGGAGAAGUUACAAGUGUCAAGUGCCAAGGUCCUGAAGAACCCUCCAAACUGAAAAAUUAAUCACUCGAAGCUAAGGGAGUCAAGAAUUGUUAGAAAUUGUACCAGUUGUAUUACAAGUCUCUAAUUGUUAGAAUUGUUGGAUUUGCCUUUGGGUUUUUGUUAAGUCUCUUUUUACAUGUCUCAUUCAUCUGCAGUUUGUGCAUCCCUUGUUUUAUUGCUACUGAUCUUAGUUUAUAGAGUUUUUAUGUUUUUGUA